UCACAGUGAGUCACACACCUUUAAUUAGACAGUAGAUUAUAACCGUUUAAUAACAAUAUAUAACUACUACUCUACAACUGACCGGGUCCUUCACCAGUGUGUGUGUGUGUGUGAUGUGAGAGUUGAUCAGAUUUCAAGAUUCAUAUUACACAUUGUUUGACGAUCCUAGAUUUAAUCCUCUGAUUAUGAUCUUGUGGACGUCGUGCUGGAUUGCCCUUUAGAUUCAUAUAUGUUUAAUAUGAUCUCUUCAUUCAAGAAAGUUUAAGUGUGUGAAGUAUUUAAUUUUAAAAAAGGAGUUCAAGUUGUGGACUUCAUUUAAUUUAUGGGCUAAGAAGCGGGGCAAGAUGAUCUUAUGUUUUGAAAUACCAAGGAGAUGGAGGAAACACAAACAGAUGUUGCUCAAACCGAAUCACCGCCUCCAAAUGCUACACGGGAUAUCACAGGGAAAAAUCAAAAUGUUUCUUUGGUCUCUCCAGAAGGGUCUUUCAAGUUUAAAAGAAUGCAUAGUGAACUUCAGCUCGGGGAUCCCACAGCACAGAGAGUGGCACAAAUUCUUUGGUCUACUGGAAAUCUUGAUGAGCCUAUUCCCAGUGGUUUCUAUUCUAUUUUACCUGAAAGAAGACUUAAAGAGAAAUUUGACUUGAUUCCGUCACUUGAAGAGCUCCAUGCCUUAGAGUUAGAAGGGUAUAAACUUAAUGUUAUCGUUGUUGACAUGCAUAAAGAUAAGAAGGUAUCGAUGUUACAGCAACUCGCUUUGACUUUGGCUAAAGGACUGACUUCUAACCCAGCUGCAGUAAUUAAAAAGAUAGGCGGAUUGGUUUGUGAUUUCUAUAAACUUCCAAAUGUCGAGUUAAAUCAUGCAAAAGGAACAUGGGAGGAAGUUUACAAUGUACAUAAUCAGGGUGUUCAGAUGUUAGGCCAAAUAAAGCAUGGUUUUUGUCAUCCCCGUGCUAUUCUUUUCAAAGUUCUAGCAGAUACUGUUGGUCUUGACUGUAGGCUUAUGGUGGGACUACCAAAAGAAGGAGAACUGGAGCGAACUGAUUCGCAUAGACAUGUGUCUGUUAUAGUUGAUUUAAAUUCUACUGAAUUAUUGGUUGAUAUAGUGAGGUAUCCUGGACACUUGGUACCCUUUUCAACAAAGGCAGUAUACAUGUCUCAUGUGUAUGUUAUUGGUCAAGGUGAUUCUGGAGAGAAUGAUUCAUGUGAUUCACCAAUAGAACCAAACAGCCCUGUGCAUGGUCCUGCUGAAAAUUCAGAUGAAUGCUUAUUACCUGGUGAACCUAACGCAGCAAAUGCUGCAUGGGGGCGUAACAAGGCUGCAGUUACGGAAACAAGCACUCCCAGUUCAAGUCCAGAGCACUAUUUAUUCCGAGGGCAUGGAAGAUCCAUGCUUGGCGCCCACAGGGAUUCUCCCAGAGAUUCUGGAAGUGAGAUGACAGUAUCAAGGUCAGCUGGGGCAUCACCUGUAGGAAGUCGUAGAAGAAGACGUCGGAGCAGUGCUACCACGAUUCCAGAAAUUGGUGAUGACAUUGUAAGAGUCGUGCGAGCAAUGAAUGACACUUUGAAGAGAAAUCAUCCUCCAAGGGAACUGGUUGAUGAACAUGGCACUAGUCCAGAUCAUCAGGAUAAUUCACCUGGUUCGCAUUUCCAUAGGAGGCAAGCGAGUUGUCCAAAGGCCAUCUCCCUACCUUCAUCUCCUCAUAAAUAUAGUACUCAUAUUCAUGGUUCUGAGACAAAUGAAACAGAAAAUUUAGAAGGAAAUUUUGAUGUGAUCACAACAUGGAAUAAGUGGCUUGAAUCGUCCUCCUUUGGGAAUGAACCUUGGUUCCCCUACCAUGAAUGGAAUAUUGAUUUUUCUGAACUAACCGUUGGAUCACGAGUCGGCAUUGGCUUUUUUGGGGAAGUUUUCCGAGGCACUUGGAACGGAAUAGAGGUUGCAAUCAAAGUCUUACUUGAACAAGAAGUAUCUGCUGAAAAUAUUGAAGAUUUUUGUAACGAGAUAUCCAUCCUAAGUCGUCUUCGCCACCCAAAUGUUAUAUUAUUUCUUGGUGCUUGCACAACGCCUCCUCAUUUUUCGUUAAUAACUGAAUUCAUGGACAUGGGUUCAAUGUAUUAUCUGGUUCAUGUUAGUGGGCUUAAAAAAAGAAUCAGCUGGCGAAGGAGACUAAAGAUGCUCUGUGAUAUAUGCAGGGGUCUUAUGUGUAUGCAUCGAAUGAAAAUAGUGCAUCGUGAUUUGAAAAGUGCUAAUUGUUUAGUAAAUAAGCAUUGGAUAGUGAAGAUCUGUGAUUUUGGGCUGUCAAGAGUACUAACUACCGAGAACAUGAGAGAUUGUUCGUCUGCAGGGACUCCAGAGUGGAUGGCACCUGAACUCAUUCGCAAUGAACCCUUUACAGAGAAAUGUGAUAUUUUCAGCCUAGGUGUCAUAAUUUGGGAACUAUGCACUCUUCAUAGGCCAUGGGAAGGCAUCCCAUCAGCGCAAGUGGUUCGUGCAGUGGGUCAUGAUAAUACCCGACUUGAAAUUCCUGAAGGUCCCUUGGGAAAUCUAAUUGCAGAUUGUUGGGCUGAACCAGAUCAACGACCAAACUGUCAAGAAAUCCUGUCACGCUUAAUGAGCUGCGAGAUGCUGAUAUAGAAUUUUCAGGUUUGGGAUUAACAUCUGACUUAGUUCAAGACUAUGUAGAACACAUAUAGAUACCCUUUUGUUGGCAGCAAUUAUAGAUACCCUUUUUGUUGGCAGCAAUUAUAGGUGGCUUUUGGACAUGAACAAAAUGACUGAGGAAAGAUUCUCAAGUGAAACACGGAGAACUUUGAUCAGUCAGAAUUCAAUACUUCUUCCAUAAAGAUCAUUUGAACUACUUUAUUACCUAAAGAAAGAUGACAUCCAAAUGAAUAAAUGUAAACAUGAAGGACCUUCAAUUAUCCAUUCAGAUAGAAACUUUCUGUAAAUAGAAACAUCAUAGUUACAGAUGACUUGAGCUUCUUUUCUCCAUUUUCAUGUUUUUCUUUGAUCUACUA